CCGUCGCCCACCUCCUCGAGCCAGUUUCACUCUCUGCCUUCAGUCUCUUCAUCACCAUCAUCGCCCUUACCAUCUCCACCGCCUUCACUGAAGCCUUCUCCAUCGCUGCUAUGGAUUCUAUACGCGUCUAGACGGGUUUACACACACACAGACACACUCACACGGCCCAAUAUUCUCCCGUCUACACGCCAGUCCGUCUCCAUGACCACCACUAUCGAGAGAAGCCUCUCGCGGGCUUCCAGCGGCUCGAUGACUAUGUCUAGUCCCAGACUUUCGAUGAAAAGAGAGUCCACACCACCGACCGUCUCCGAUCCUGCUCUUCUACAUCUCCAUGACCGCAUCAACCAUUUGGAUUCUCGCGUGUCCGACCUUCGUUCCAGCGUCUUGACUAAGGAUAACUACGUCGAUCGUCGGAACCGUGAGGACGACUACAUCCGUCGCGAAUUUGAAGCACAACGCACUAUCUCCAGCCGCAUCGACAUCAAUGUGGCUCUUCUGAGGACCGACGUCGAUCAACUUCGGUCGGGAAUCACACAGCUGAAAUCCAACAUUGGCCAGCUCGGAACCGAUACUAUCUUCCUUCGCAACGAUGUCGACCGUCUUCAGAAGAAUGUCGACCAGGUGCAGAUUGAUCUUGAGCAGCUUCAGACUGAUGUCUGUGGCUGCCAAGUCGAGAUCAGCAAACUCCAUACCGCGGUCAGCAACCUUCGCACCGAUUUGAUGAGCUUGCAGCGUGAGACGUCACAUCAUUUCGGUGCCGUCUUCAAACGCUUUUCGAUGAUGGAGUCGCACAUGAAGCACAUGGAACGUGUCCGCUUCAACUCGCUUGCUCACACUAUCCAUGCUCCGAUAACACCUGUACCCGUGCUCGAAGAGGACGGUUCCCUUCGCUACCCAGAGUAUUUCCCACGAACCGUCUGGCGCUUUUGGUGUCUGAAGAAAAGAAGUCGCAUUCAUCGGCUGGCCCAAUUAGCCGAAUUUUACCAACUGGAAGGCUAUCAUUACUGGGGCCGAAUGCAGCCCUCCGAUGACCUUCUCCCAAACGACAGCGAUUCGAGCGAUUCGAGUGAGAAUCCCCUUAAUCUGACCCGUGCAGAAGCGGCGAGACUCUAUCCGGAAGCGUGUCACCAAGCUCUCGCUGCGACUCUUGGUCUUGUCUACUACAAGAUUCGAAAUGAAGUCGGCGAUGGCCCCGGUAGCCGUAUCACUGCGCGCCCUCCAAAGCGUCAGCAGGAGGAAGUGUCUGUCUCUUCCAGCUCGAAGCAGAAGCCAGCCAAAAUCGCUCGAAUUCCCAUCACUACUUUACCCUCAGCCUCAGCUUUGCAUCGACUGGUCACUGGACCUUCGAUAGAGUCGAAGUCGGUGAAGUCGGAAGAGAUGGAUCAACUUGGUUGGAACGCUCAUUCGUCUGAUAUCUCGGAUGAGACUAUGAGCAAGCUCAAGGGAAUUGUUACGGUUGAUGAGUUCCAGACGCUUCUCCGUGCCCUUGAACGUGGUCGUGUCAAGCUGAAGCCUAGCCGCUCUGAGCGCUCGAAUCUGUCGCCUACUAGCUCCAAGCGAAGCCACCGAAAUGGCGAAACCCAAACGGAUGUUGCUCAAGAGGUUGCCCAGGAUGAUGAAGUACGGACGCAGCCGGCUACAGUAUCCACUGAGCUUCUCUCCCCCGUUGCCGGCAGAGAGGAUGCUCGCGAUCUUCCAGACACUGCUUCCGAGAGCAGCAGCGUCAUAACUUGAGGUUUCAG